AUGGCCCGGCUAUUCAGGUCUUUCAUCGGGGCCGGUUCUCCGCCCGAGGGGGGGAGGAAAAGGGAGAGAGAGAGGGAGAGAGUGAGGAGGGUGUUAGGCUGUUCAUCAAAGCGCCUUUUAGAGCGCCUCUCCCGGGGACUGAGUGAGGGACUGAUCCGGCUGAGACUGUGGAGUGAUUGGGUCUAUUCUCUCUCGGUGCGCGGACGCGGUGGGAGAAACGAGGUCCGGGAGAAUCCAAAUCACAGAGCCAAAUCAAGUCCGGCAGCUCGAGGGAGGAGGAGGUGGAGGAGGUGGAGGAAAAAGGGAGGGGAUGGCGAUGAUGAAAAUGGGCACAAGUCAGUGGGAGGACAUUUUCUGGACACCUGGGUUAACCUGGAAGAGAGGGGGGCUGAGGCAUGA